AUGGAUACUUAUCACCCUUAUCAGCGACCAGGUCACAUGCAACUGCCCAGAGCUGAUGCCAUUCGUUCACGCCUCAUUGAUACUUUUUCUCUUAUCGAGCAUCUGCAAGGGAUAAGCCAAGCUGUGCCAAGGCACACUAUCAGAGAGUUAGUUGAUCCUUCCCGUCAGAAGAAACUUAUGAUGAGAGAUCAGCAUCAACUUGUGCGCUUCUCCAUAAAGCCCCGUCAUGUAGAACGGAUUACACAUGGUCGGAGACUGCUGAGCAGACUCCGAGUGCGCUGCAAUCAGAGGCCUCCUCUGUCCUUGUGGGCUGGAUGGGUCCUUGAGAGUUCUAUCUUCACGAACUUCAUCAUCUUCCUCAUCUUUUUGAAUACAAUUGUACUGAUGGUUGAAAUAGAAUUGCUCGAAUCCUCAAAUACUAAACUGUGGCCACUGAAGCUGACUCUGGAGUUGGCAGCUUGGUUCAUCUUGCUUAUUUUCAUGUUGGAGAUCCUUCUUAUGUGGCUCUCCAGCUUUUUGCUCUUCUGGAAGAAUGCCUGGAAUGUAUUUGACUUUGUUAUCACCAUAUUGUCCCUGAUUCCAGAAGUUGUGGUGCUGGGAGGGGUAGAAAGCCAGUCUGUAUGGCUCCAGUUGCUGAGGAUCUGCCGGGUGCUAAGGUCUCUCAAACUCUUUGCACGGUUCCGUCAAAUUCGAGUCAUUAUUUUGGCCCUGGUCAGGGCCCUCAAGAGCAUGACCUUCCUCUGGAUGUUGCUGCUCAUCUUCUUCUAUAUUUUUGCUGUGGCUGGUGUCUACUUCUUUGAGAAUUACACUCGUUCACCUCGCCAGGACCUGGAAUACCAGAUGUUCUUCUCGGACAUUCUGAAUUCCCUGGUGACAGUGUUCAUUCUUUUCACCUUGGAUCAUUGGUAUGCACUGCUUCAGGAUACCUGGAAGGUGCCUGAGGUCAACCGCACCUUUAGCAGCAUCUAUGUCAUCCUCUGGUUGUUACUUGGUUCCAUUCUUUUUCGAAAUAUCAUAGUAGCCAUGAUGGUUACUAACUUCCAGAAUAUCAGGAAUGAACUGAAUGAGGAGAUGACACAUCUGGAGGUUCAGCACAAAGCUGACAUGUUUAAAAGGCAGAUUAUCCAGAGGAGGCAAAACCUAGCCCCGGAUGGACAGAAGUCAAGCAUUACCAAAAUGAAUAUAAGAGAGGAAAGUCAAGAGGAAUUUUCACCCAUAUCAGAAAAAGUUUCUCUGGAUAUGUCUCAUGAGAAAACAACUCCAUUAAAAUCAAAAAGGCCUGUGCCAAAACGGAGAAGGAGUUCAUCUUCUUCCUCCUCCCCUUCUUUUGCCUCCUCUCAAUCACCAUCAGAAUCAUCAUCGUCAUCUUCAACCUCCUACUCUUCAGACUCCAAAAUUUUGGACUCUAUUGACCAGUUGGACUGGGAGACUCACGUACACCAGAAUCUGCCUGGACUAAUGGAAAUGGAUCAAGAUGAACGAGUUGUUUGGCCUAGAGAUUCACUCUUCCGAUAUUUUGAGUUACUAGAAAAACUUCAGUAUAAUCUAGAGGAACGUAAACGGUUACAAGAGUUUGCAGUGCAGGCACUGAUGAACUUGGAAGACAAGUGAAAAUGACAAUGGAGGGCUCCCAUGUCUUUGGCAAAGAUAGUGAA